UCCAGUCUUACGCGUCUCGACUGGCAGUGCUCCACAACCAGCGGUCGCUAAAGACACUCGGUGAACAGCAGGAAUACGAUAGACACAUAAAUACCUCGGAGGAUGUCUGGGAUCACAGGGAAUUCUGAUUGCGAGGAGUGUUUAUCUGCGGCACAUGUGGCCAACAACAGCACGGAGUUACACCCGCAUGAUGAUGACGACGACGAACUUCUGAGAUACAUAUGGAGGGAGUACUUACACCCCAAACAGUAUGAGUGGGUUCUCAUCGUUGCUUACAUUAUUGUCUUCUUCGUCUCUCUCAUUGGAAACUCCUUGGUUUGUUUUGCAGUGUGGAAAAACCGCCACAUGCGCACCGUGACCAACUACUUCAUAGUGAACCUCUCCUUUGCCGAUGUCUUGGUCACCAUCAUCUGCCUCCCUGCGAGUCUCGUAGUAGACAUCACAGAGACGUGGUUCUUUGGAAAAACUCUUUGCAAAGUUGUUCCUUAUCUGCAGACCAUAUCUGUAUCUGUAUCAGUCCUAACACUGAGUUGCAUUGCCCAGGAUCGUUGGUAUGCUAUCUGCCAUCCACUGAUGUUCAAGAGCACAGCCAAAAGGGCUCGCAAGAGUAUUGUUGUCAUCUGGGUUGUGUCGUGCAUCAUCAUGAUCCCUCAGGCUAUAGUGAUGGAGUGCAGCAGCCUGCUGCCAGAACUAACAAACAAGACCAGCCUGUUCACAGUGUGUGAUGAACAUUGGGGAGCUGAGAUCUACCCAAAGGUCUACCAUACCUGUUUCUUCAUCGUCACAUACUUUGCACCCUUAUGUCUAAUGGUCUUGGCGUACAUCCAGAUAUGUCACAAGCUGUGGUGUCAACAGAUUCCUGGAAGCACAUCAGUGCUGCAGAAGAAGUGGAGAUCCAUCCAGUGCUCAGCUUCGGCUCCGGUGUCAGGAGAGCCUGUGAGAGUGAGGACCAGCACGGUUUGUGCUGAGAUCAAACAGGUCCGAGCCCGACGGAAGACGGCUCGCAUGCUGAUCGUGGUGCUCUUUGUAUUCGCCCUGUGCUACCUGCCAAUCAGCGUGCUGAAUGUCAUGAAAAGAGUCUUUGGGACUUUCAAGAAAACAAACGACAGAGAGACAGUGUAUGCAUGGUUCACUUUCUCACAUUGGCUCAUAUAUGCUAACAGUGCAGCAAACCCCAUCAUAUACAAUUUCCUCAGCGGGAAGUUCCGUGGGGAGUUCAAGGCAGCUUUUUCUUGCCAGGGUCAAAAUCGAGCGCAGAGAACGAGGCCCAUAGCAAGCACAGACAGCCGGAAGUCACUGUCGACUCAAGUCAACAACAUGGACAAUGUUUCACGCAUUUCAGAUCAAAUAGUGUAGUCUUGUAAUCCAGGUCAGACGUUCUUCUGACUCCUUCAUCAUUGAGGUAUACACUGAAUUGCUUGAACCUUAUUAAAAAAAACAGACAGAUACUUGAAUGGGAAAGAAUGCUUUACAACUGAAUGUUUUGUGUGUGUUUUCACAAGGACAAUAAGGAUUUUUAGAGAACUGAGCAGUGCUUACUGUAAAGUUUCUCCCUUUGUUUACAUAAUGACGAACACAGUAAGGAUAACCCAAUCAUUUGCAAUUCCCAGAAACUGUGUAGCUAUUUAUAAUCAAAGGACACCAUUUGAAUGUUUAGUAUUAAAAAGUGCAAUAUGUAAUGUCUGGCUCUAAACAAAUAGGGGGCAAGCUGGUUAUUGUGCUCAUCUCAGU